AUGGGCUCCCUCGCAGAAGAUGUGGCCGUGCCGACGGGUGUCCCCGACACCGGAUUUACCCCGGUUGUGCUUCGUGUGCGUGGAGCAGAGGUGACCUCCGUGCCCAUCCGCAAGGGCCUGUGGGACGGUGCCGAGGAGCCGGGCGCCUGGGAACCGUCGCCAAGAUCCAACCCUCGCCCGCGAGAAGCCCCGAGGCUGCACCGCAAGCGUCUCAUUUGUGCCGUCACCUGCCUGCGAGCUUUUCCCCGGUGGGCGGGGCGCUUCAUCCACGGCCCGCCUCCUGGCCCCCGGGAUUGGUCGGAAGCUGCCUGUCCUCCAGCUGGGCCAAUCACGAUCCCCCCCUUUGCCAGUCGGGAUUGGUGCUCGCUGGGCACGUGCAGAGCAGUCCCGGUGCCGGCCUUGAUUGGCUCGUGCGGGGCACGUGACCGACAGGCCCAGGGUCCUCUGCGGCCGAGGCGGGCGGCCGUGACGUCUCCCGUGGCCCGGCGGAGCUGUGACGGAGACCGCUGUCGGAGCUCAGGACCCGGGGGCCGCCUCUCCGGGAGCCAAGGGAGGCGGUGCAGACACAGGGGAAGAACAUUCCAGAUGCCAAGAAGAGCGGGCAGAUUGGAGCCCCCAACUGUGGCAGCAAGGUUGACACUCUCUUCAGAGUUGAGGCUGCUUCCUGGAAAAGUCAGCCCAGGCGGCCGAAGGCGCCCUUUCCCCUGAACUGCCUGCCUGGCGGGGUGUUUCCAGGUGGUCCGAGGAGGCGCCUCCCACGAUAGUACGCGGGAAGGCUGCCUGCUCACCUCCUUACCAGGUAUUCGUAAUCAGACACCCCCAGACCCGUGUCCUCUCCGAUCUCAGGGAACGGCCACACGUGUCCCCUGUGAGCGAGGGCCUGUCGCUCUCGUCGCCCCUGUCCCACCCUGGGCUCUGGUGAGAAGUGAGGGUCUCAC